GCUUGCGCUGCAGAAUACAAUUGUUGAGUGCUAACCACGAAUUGUGUCACAUCAUACCAGCGAUGUAGCGAUUUUAAUCCGCAGAUUCAGAAUCCCUGCAGCUAUGUCCCGAAAUUCCUCACAAAACACGGACGCGGAGCGGCGUACCGGGAUGGCAAAGAUGAGUGAUUGUGUAAAGCAGUUGCUGUGCUGUGAAGACAUGAGCGAUGUUCAGUUCGCGGUGGGACGUGAUUAUGGCCCCGUCAAGAUCUUCUCAGCUCACCGGUUGAUAAUGGGUGCGCGCAGCACGGUGUUCCAUGCCAUGUUCUUUGGCAGUUUGGCCGAUAACUGCUCAGCUCCCAUCGGUAUUCCCGACAUUCUUCCCGACGCCUUCGCUAAUAUGCUCAGCUUUAUCUACACCGACGCCGUGACGGAUUUCACCCUGGAUAACGUCUUCUCCACACUGGGUUGCGCGGACAAGUACGACUUACCACUCUUGGUCGGCAUGUGCACUGACUUUGUCCUGGAUACGCUCAACACCAGCAACUGCCUGGAUAUUCUGGACAACGCGAUUCUGUACGAAACUUCGGCGCCGAGCAUCCUGGUGCGGUGUUUAUGUUUGAUUGAUACAUCAGCGGUGUCGGUCUGGUUUUCGCCGCACUUCGGCGCGAUUGGACAGGAAGCAUUACGCAUUAUUCUCCAACGGGAUACGUUGACCGCCAAUGAAGACACCAUUUGUGGGGCAGUUGACAGGUGGGCGGCUAACGUGUGCGCGCUAAGGAACAUGGAGCCUUCUUCUGCCAAUCGGCGGGAAGUACUGGGCCAGGAGCUGUAUCUCCUGCGCUUCCCGCUCUUGAGCCAUGCCGAGCUGCUGGAUGGUCCCGUCAAGAGUGGUUUAUUGCUACAAUCGGAGGGAUGGGACAUUUUCCACUACAAGAACGCUCGAAACAAACCGCCGCUGCCGUUCCCGACAAAGCCCCGACAAAAUGUGCGCGCAGAGGGUGUCAUCACUUGUACGAUUCCGGACGUCAGAACGCUCGAGAAUACAAACGGGUAUAGAAAUACGUUCUGCAGUGAACCCAUCGUCGUCCGGAAGCUGCUGUGGAGAAUGCAGUUGGUUAAGAGCUUCUUCGGUGGAGUUCGUUCUUUGGGCAUGUACCUGCAGUGCCGUGGCAAUCCAGAAGCGGAUUCGUGGGCGUGUCAGGCCACGGCGGAAUUUCGUGUAAUCCCGUGGAAAGCUGAAACUAUAGCGGUUGCGAGCGUGACAUCCCAUCUGUUCCGCAAAGGCGAAUAUGAUUCCCGAUGCGUCGGUACUGUGCCUAUGGAGGUCUUACUGCAGCCGGGGAAAGGGUACGUCAAUCCUAAUGAUUUCUCGUUGAAAGUGCGAAUCCACGUUAAUGCUGACCUGCCUAAUGGAAUUGAAUAAACACAGUGUCAGCCGACGUUAAUUAUUACGUCUGCAAUUUCUUACCAAAGUUGAGAAAUUAGUCGUGUUCGUUGCUAUCUUUGCAAGUGGAUAUUUUACGUCCUGUGCUUUCCUGUA